AUGGAACAUAUAUUUCUGAUUCUUUUACUCUUCAGUAAGUCGUCUUCAUCUGGAGCUCAGUUCAACGGAUACAACUGUGACGCCAACUUUCACAGCCGUUUCCCCGCGGAGCGAGACAUCAGCGUGUACUGCGGCGUGCAGACCAUCACCCUCAAGAUCAACUUCUGCCCCGUCCUCUUCUCCGGCUACACCGACUCCGACCUGGCUCUCAACGGUCGUCAUGGAGACGCGCAUUGCCGAGGCUUCAUCAACAACAACACCUUCCCCACCGUGGUGAUCUUCAGCAUCAGCCUGGCCACGCUGGAGUCCUGCGGAAACGCCCUGGUGGUGUCCACGGCUCAGGGUCCCAACGCCUAUGGGAACUUGUCCCUGGUUCAGAUCGGAAACAUCUCGGGGUACAUUGACACCCCCGACCCCCCCACCAUCAUCAGCUACCUGCCCGGUCUGCUCUACCAGUUCAGCUGCAGCUACCCCCUGGAGUACCUGGUCAACAACACCCAGCUGGCCUCGUCGGCUGCUGCCAUCUCAGUGAAGGAAAGCAACGGUACAUUUAUCAGCACCUUGAACCUGCUGCUGUACAACGACUCAUCCUACGUCCAGCAGCUGUCCAUCCCGAUGGCCGGACUCACCCUGAAGACCAGGGUGUUUGCUGCAGUUCGAGCCUCAAACCUGGACCGAAGGUGGAAUGUUUUGAUGGACUACUGCUACACCACGCCCUCUGGAAACCCCAACGAUGACCUCCGCUACGACCUUUUCUUUAGCUGUGAAAAAGAUCCGCAGACCACCGUCUUUGAGAACGGAAAGAGCCAAAUGGGCCGGUUCGCCUUCGAGGUGUUCCGCUUUGUGAAGCACAAGAACCAGAAGAUGUCCACAGUGUUCCUGCACUGCGUCACCAAGCUGUGCCGAGCAGACGACUGCCCCAUGCUCAUGCCAAUCUGUGGCAGCAGAAAGAAGAGGGAUGUCUCUGAGGGCGGGGAAUCGAACCCUGCAUCUGGAAAUGCUGUCCUGACCGCUGGGCCGAUCAUCACUCGCAGUGAUGAAACACCGACCAACAACUCCCAGCUGGCCCAGCUGAAAGCUCCAGUCUUCCAGAUGAACACGGUGACCAGCGCCCUCAUCUCAGGCGUGAUCAUUCUGGGCGUCAUGAGCAUCUGCUUCUUCAUCUUCUCGGUCACCCUCCUCAGAGGAAAGAGUGUGUCCAUCAGCUCGCUGUCUGGGGUCCGAAACCCGGCCUUCAGCUGA